UCAACCUGUAGAGACAUGCAAAAAACAAAGUGGACAUGGGUGGUAUUCCCGUCUGUCCCAAGAGAAGAAAGCGGAACACCUAGAGAAGCUCCGGAUAGCCCGACUAGAAAAGAAAGCUGCAACAAAAAGUUUGGGUGUUGAUGUAUCUCAAUUCCCUGCUCCUCAAGUUUCCACACCUUGUACGGUGGGACACAAAAAACAAAGUGGUCAUGGUUGGUUUGCUAGACUAUCUGAAGAUAAAAAAGAAGAAUACCGGAAGAAGCGUACGAUGUCCCGGCAGGAAAAACAAAAUGCAACUCUCCAUGACGAUGUUUCGCUUGGUAAUAUUACUAAAUACGAUGGUGGUAUGCUAAACACGGAGGAUGAUGAUGAUAAUGAUUGGAUGCACACUAAUCUGAAUUACCAACGAGCUAAUCUGAAUUGCCAGCAAGGUACAGUGCAUGUUCAACAUAUACAUGACAUGCAAGGACAAGAAAGAUUUCUGCCCAGAAGUUUUAUAUCUGGACAGUCCAGUGAAACGAAAGAUGCAUCUUCUGAGAAAAAACGACGUCGUAUGAGGGAACAAUAUGCAAACAUGCCAACGCAUGACAAAGAGGUUGUGUUGUGUCGGAAUCGUGCAUAUAAGAUAGCACAACGGCAUACUGGACCAUUACACAACCAAUCUAACACUACUGAUGUCGCCGAUGGAUCAAAAACGCACUCACCAAGUACACCUUCCAUACCGAGGACAUGCAUGCCUUCUGAUGCCAUCCACACCGAGGAAGAGUUCGAUGUAUCUGGAAUUUUUGAGCCAAUUCAACCCACUACUGAAAUGGAAGGUAUAAUGUUCAUAUUUGUUUGUCCAGUAUUACUUAAUAUUACUUCCGUUCAUUCGCCAUUAUUAUGCUCCUAGACUGC